ACGAAUACUAUUUGAUGGUAACUGAAUACCCAUUUUAGGUUCUCUUAACCCAAAUAUAGCUUACGACGGUAGAUAGUGGAUAUAGUGCUUCUCUACUUCGCCGCUAUCUUCUCUUUUCCGUGCUGCGCAAACCCUCUUAUUGCUCUCCUUCGCUCUUCUCUUCUCCUGUGGGGUUUUAGCAAGCUAGCGAAGCCUUUUCUCUACCUCCCCAACAAUGGAGGUCCAGCCACCAGCUCAGGCUCCGCCGCCAUGUUGGAGCAACAUAGUAAAGCAAGAGCCGCCGCCGCUCCAACAAAACAACCUUUUCCCUUUUUCUGCCCCGUCGCGGCCUCCAAAUCCGGAGUUGGUCGGGAAUUGCAGCUCAACAAAGGGAAUUGCGGUGGCGGUGGUGGACGCGAACGCCAUCAUCAGGGGCGGUCAGAACCUAUCGCAUCAGGCCGAUCGUUUUGUCUCUGUUCCAGAGGUCUUGACCGAAAUUCGGGACCCGACCUCUCGUCACUCCCUCAAUUUCCUUCCUUUCACUGUUGACACAAUGGAGCCCUUGCCUGAUGCCCUUAAAAAAGUUAUUAGAUUUGCAAGAGCAACUGGAGAUUUGCAGACACUAUCGGAUGUGGAUCUGAAGCUACUUGCUUUGACAUACACGUUGGAGGCACAAAGUCAUGGAACAGAGCAUCUUAGGGACUGCCCACCUCCCAUCCACACGGUCAAUGUGAGAAGGCUGCCUGAGAAGGAUCUACCCGGUUGGGGAACCAAUGUUUCAAAUCUUGAAGAAUGGGAAGCUCUUGAAAAUGCAGUUGAAUCAAAUGCCACCUCCAGAAUCCUUCCCCUAAAAGAUUUGACCCUAAAUGCUGUUCCCACAGAUCAACCAAGUACAGAUGGUUCUUUGACUUCAAUAAAUGUUGGUGGUUUCAGGAAGCCUAGAAAAUAUUUAGCUCAAAAGAAGGAGAUAAAGAUUGAAGGUAAGAAGAUGGUGGCUGAUGGGAUAGAUGCUUCACAGGGACAAUUUGAUGAGGAUAAUGCUAGCGAUUGGUUGCCUGCAGUUAGUCGAAGCACUCACAGAAAGUAUCUCAGAAGAAAGGCCAGAAGAGAUCUCCGUCACACACCGUCUGAAAGGGAGGAUGUUGAUGGUGCUUCCACUGAGAUUAUCGAGGAGAACGUAUCCGAAGAAAUUUCUAAUAUUUUAAAUGAAAUGAGACUGGAGGAAGAUAAAUCAUCUGAUUCUGAUGAUGUCAAAAGCUCUGAUGCCGACAUAAAUAAUAACACGAAUAAGGAUGCCGGGGAUAUAGAGGAGGAGGAUGUUGGUGCUGGUGACUUUGAUAAAGGAGUUAAAGCUGUAGAAAUUGCUAGUCAGAGCUGUGAAAGCACAGGAAUGUCACAAGUGGACGAUUGCAGUAGCGAGCAGAGUUGGACACUUCGAUCCUUGUCUGAGUCAACGGUUGCUUGUAUAACUAGUGACUUCGCAAUGCAAAAUGUGAUUCUUCAAAUGGGUUUGCGGCUUAUAGCACCUGGUGGGAUGCAGAUUCGUGAGUUACAGAGGUGGGUACUAAAAUGUCAUGCUUGCUAUAAGGUUACCACAGAAAUUGGUAGGAUAUUUUGUCCCUGUUGUGGUAACGGGGGCACUUUACGCAAAGUCGCUGUUACAGUGGGAGAAAAUGGGAUUGUAAUUGCAGCUAGAAAACCACGUGUAUCCUUGCGUGGAACAAAAUUCUCACUACCCCUGCCCCAAGGAGGCAGGAAUGGCAUUGCCAAGAACCCCGUGUUGCGCGAGGAUCAGCUUGAACAAAAGUUUUUGCACCCUAAAACAAAGAAGAAAAACAAGAAGGGAGAUGAUGAUAUAUUUACUCAAGACAACAUAUUUGUCAACCAUACCGACAAAAAGGCUCCCUUGCAACCUCCUAUGAGGCAAACAGUGGCUGUUUUCUAUGGAAGGAGGAAUCCCAACGACAACCAUUAUUCUCGGGCACUCCAUUAACUAACUUCUCAUUCCCGGUCUGGCACGAACAAGUUUUGGAGAUUUUGCGACGUUCGAAAAUAGCUUGUCAUCAAUUAUAGGCCCGACAGACCUGGUUCUCCUUUCUAUACACACACUGACUGUCUGUUUUUAUUCAUUCAUAUACGGAGAAGAAUUUUAUGCAUUUGAAUUUAUGCCCGAAAUGUGAUGAAUUGCCCCGUUCUUAUGUUUUCCUUUU